CCAAGAUUAAUGCAGUCAACAAUUAAUGUCAUAACAUUUGCCACCUACUUUCUUGAUAUUUUCAUAUUUAGAUUUCCCCGGAACUUCCUAUAUUCCAUCUAACGAACAUCAGUUGUGAAGUUUUUCCAUUCACGCUUAAUCAUAUCAUCAUAUUGUGAUUUGAGCAUUUUUUUUUCAAGCUUUUGCUGAUUUUACAUCCAUCCGAGCGGUUCCUUUCGAAGGAAAUUUUUUUUUUUAGCCUCUAAGUAGAGAGCCUUGCACUGGUAAACGGGUUAAGAUGAUGUAUUUGCUGCAGUCAUUCUCUAAAACCUAUUCAUAGAUUUAUCAAGAAAUUUAGAAGAGAGCUAGCUCCAAUCAUGUUCAAGAUCAACAUUUGAGGGGCGUUGACUGUGACUUUGGCUUUGGAGGUUUUUUCAAAGGCCAUCAGUCCUUUUGAUUGAUGUUAAUAUCUAUUGAAUAAAUCUUGAAAUCAAGAAACACUUCUUCUUUGGAUUUAAUGAAUGCAAUUCGUUGGCUCGGAGAGCUAUUAGAGGAAACACAUUGGAGUUUCGUGGUUGCGGUUGUGGUGAUUUAUGGUAUAAAUCAAGGGUUUGGUUAUGCUCUUGCUAAGGUGGGCACAGACUACUACAUGAAAGAUGUGCAGAAACUCCAACCAUCUGAAUCACAGGUUUACCUACAAAUCGCCAGAAUUCCAUGGGUUAUUAAGCCCAUUUGGGGUCUUUUUACAGAUAUUGUUCCCUUUUUCGGGUAUCACAGGAGGCCUUAUUUUAUUCUUGCUGGCAUUGUAGGAAUUCUAUCGAUGCUUUUCUUGUCAUUGCAUGAAAAGCUUCAUAUAGGACUAGCAUUGCUGUCUUUAAUGGCCGGGAAUGCUGGAGGUGCGAUAGCAGAUGUGACAGUUGAUGCGUGUAUAGCACAUCAAAGUGUUACUCAUCGGUCUCUUGCUCCACAUAUGCAAAGCUUAUGUUCCAUGAGUUCUUCAAUAGGAGCUCUUAUCGGAUAUUCUUUGAGCGGUGUCUUUCUUCAUUUAAUUGGUCCCAAGGGAGUUUAUGGCUUGCUAAGUAUACCAUAUGCCCUCAUGUUGCUGGUUGGCAUUUUGCUAGAUGAACAACGAGCUUUAACUGAUUAUACACAGGUUCCUAAGAAAUUUUGGGAUGCUAUUAUGCGUAUGUUGACAACUCUGAUAAGACAAGAUGUGUGGGGGCAGUGUUUUUAUAUGUUUAUCUCCUUUGCAUUGAGCUUGAAUAUCCACGAAGGCUUGUUCAAAUGGGAAACCGAUUCGAAAGCAGGCCCAUCUUUCUCCCAGGGGACAAAGAAUUAACACAGGGAAAGAGGCAAAUAUAUCUAUGUUUUAUUCACUGAUAAUGAGAGGAAACAUGGGACAAAAUACAAACAUCUGCCUAUCACUGAUAAUGAAAGGAAACAAACAUCUGCCUAUCAUUUUAAACUACACAACUUUGUAGAAAAAUAGGAAACAAACUUGACUAGUUGCCAAAGACCAGGAGCUCACUCAUUGAUAUCUUUGAUUUAUUCAAAGCUAAUAAAAACGUGCAUAAACAUGACAUUCUGAAUUAAACUUAACAUUUCCCCCCUUAAUUCUUAAUCUUCUCUACUCCAACUAAGUCUCGCAUCUCCUUAUGUUUUAUCCUUUCUAAUGACUUUGUGAGUAUAUCAGCCUUCUGACUUUUACCACAUACGUGAGUCACUGUUAUAUCACUAUUCUCAACACACUCUAUGAUGAAGUGAUACCUUGUGUCGAUAUGUUUACUUCGACAAUGAAAUACUGGAUUUUUAUUAGAUCAAGGGCUGAUUGAUUAUCAACAAACAAUGUUACCGGUGGCACUCUUUGAUCUGUGAUUUCUGUAAGAAGUCAUCUUAGCCAUAUACCCUGAAAAGCUACCAUAGUGGCAACUAUGUAUUCUGCCUCACAUGAUGAUAGUGCCAUAACUCUUUACAUAGAAAGCCAUUCCCCCUAUGCUUCUCCUACAUUAACAUCCUUAGUCAAGUCACUAUCAGUGUAACCUGAAAUGGUGACCUCUUUUCCUUCUUUUGUGUAGACUAAACCAUGAUUCAAGGUUCCUUUUACAUAUCUAAGGAUCCCUUUUACUGCUUGGAGAUUUUUUAUGGUGGGUUUCUCCAUAAAACGACUAACAACACCAACAACGAAUGUUAUAUCGGGUCGAGUAUGAGUGAGGUACCUUAGGAAACCAACGAUGCUUCUGUACUCAGUUGGGUUUACCGGCUUCUCGUCUCCAUCUUUGGUCAAAGUAAGUUUGUGCUCCAUUGGACUCUUGGUGGGGUUGCAAUCAAGCAUACGGGUUUUGACCAAAAUGUUCUUAGAAUAAGCUUCUUGCUUUAGUGUAAUCCUAUUAUCUUGUUGGUUUACUUUGAUUCCCAGGCAGUAUGUCAACAUACCAAGAUCACUCAUUUCAAAUCUAGCAUUCAUCACCUUCUUGAACUCCUUCACAGUUUCUAGGUUGCUACCUGUCACAAGCAAAUCAUCCAUAUAUACUCCAAUAAUCAUAGUACUUCCAUCCUUUGUUCUUGUAUACACCAAAUAUUCCUGUGCACAUCUCUUGAACCCCAGACUCAGGUACUUAUCUAUACAUGAGUUCCAAGCUCUGGGAGCCUGUUUCAACCCAUACAGAGCUUUUGUUAACUUAUAUACCUUUCCAGGUUCAUCCUUCAUCUCGGAGUCUUCAGGUUGUGAAACGUGGACUUCUUCAUCCAAAUACCCAUUCAGAAACGCUGAAUUCACGUCAAGGUGAUGCACACGUCACCCAUUUGAACCUGCGAGGGCCAAGAUGACUCGAUGUUUCUAUCCUUGCAACUGGUGCGAAGACCUCUUCAAAAUCGAUGCCCUGUUUUUGAACGUAUCCUUUUGCUACGAUUCUGGCUUUGUGCUUCAGGAUAUUUCCUUUUGGGUCUUGCUUUACCUUGAAAACCCACUUUAGACCUAUUGACUUUCUCCUUUUUGGUAGUUCGACUAGAUUCCACAUACCAUUCUUCUCAAUCGAUAACAAUUCUUCUUUCAUCGUAUUGACCCAUUCCACCUUAUUUUUGGCUUCUUGGUACGUGGAUGGUUCUUCAACGUCUUGAGUCAUCCACAAAUGUUCAGUCGCUUCAUAAAAAUCCGUAAGCAUUCUCUAUCGUUUAGGGGCACCGCCACCGGUGGAGCUGGAAGCCGUGCUUGAAAAAUUGGGUGAAAUCAGUGCAUUUGGCAUUGACGGUGAGUUCGUUGGACUUAAUGGACUAUCGUGUGGGCCUGUUUGAGGGUCCAAUUGGUAGUUGGGAUGAGACUCACUACUAGUUCAGUCCACAUUAACUGGGGAUUGAUUGGUAUCAUGACCAUUGGGUGUAACUUGGAUUGAACCAUCUUCAUCAUCGACAUUUUCUUCACCGACAAAGCCUUCAUCGUUGAAGUCGAAACUUCAACGGUGAAGCUCAUCCCUUGUGUUCCUAUGAUUUUUGUUGUUUUCUCCCACAUCCAUGUCUUACCUUCCUCAAACACGACGUUUCUGCUUACAUAAAUCGACCCAGUGUCAGGAUCCAACAACCUAUACACUUUCGUUCCUUUUUCACCCCCAGAUGUACACCACACAUACUUCUUUCGUCCAACUUCUUCAGGUGAUUCUUAGCAAUCAUCUUAUAUGCAACGCACCCAAAUACCCUCAGGUGACCAACAUGUGGCUUGAGACCAGUCCACAUUUCAUAGGGUGUGGUAUCCUUCAACGCCUUCGUGCUUACCCUAUUCAACACAUAGACGACAUAGCUCACAACUUCACCCGAUAUCGUAUGUGAUACAUGCAUCGUCUUCAAGUUGCUUCUCAUCAUUUCAAUCACUGUUCGAUUACGCCUUUCCACCACCCCAUUCUGCUGUGGGGAAUAGGGUGAGGUGAAAUGUCGCUCGAGUCCGGUUUCAUUACAGUAGGUGGUGAAUUGGUUUGACAGAAAUUCACCACCUCUAUCUGUUCUUAGAACUUUGACUUUCUCUCCUGUUUCGAUCUCUACUUUUGCUCUGAAGUUUUUGAAGAAUUCAAAACCUUUGUCUUUUAUUUUCAUCAAAUAUACCCACAUUACUCUACUGUAAUCGUCUGCAAGGAGCAUGAAGUACAUGUUGCAUGCUGGUGUAGGGGGUGAGACUGGACCGCACAAGUCUCCGUGAAUCAAUUCGAGCCUCUUCCGUGCUUUGAAACUUGUACAUGAUGGAUAGGGUUUUCUUGAUUGUUUCCCAAUCAAGCAUCCUUCGCAUGGCUGGGAUGGUAUGACCAUCUUCAUAAUUCCUUCAAUUAUCCCUUUCUCUCACAUUGAUUUCAAAGAAGUUAAAUUUACGUGACCUAACCUUGUGUGCCAGAACCAGGUUGGGUCACUGAUUUUGACAACUACACACCUCGAGGUGACUUCUUUUAGCUCAGUCUUGUAGAGACGAUUUGGUGAACGUUGUACCUUCAUGGGCAAUCUCAUUAGUCAUAAACCCUUUGGGAAUUCUGCUUGAUCUUGAUCUCAUCUCCUCCUUUUGACAGUUGGCCAAGGCUUAUGAUGUUGCUGCACAACUCAGGUAUAUAGUACACUUCUUUUAGUUUUCUUUGCUCACCAUUUUUACAUUGGAAGAUGAUUUUAAUGCCCGUGUUUCUAGGCUAAUCAUUAGUGUGAUGAUGUAAUAGUUAGAGUCAACAAUGUAACCUACUUUGAUGUAAUUAUUUGAACAUUAUGUGAAUUAUAUGAUUUUUAUGUGCAUUAUACUUAUUUAUAAAAUAUAAUAAGUUAAGAAUAAAAAUAAUCGCCAAAAAUAAAAUAAUAGAUAGACCCAAUAUCUAUGAAUAACGUUGUAGUGGUCGUGACAAGGAUUCCAUAGAUAUAAAGAACGCUGAAAUCCGAGUUAUAACGAAGAAGUUAUGACUUGUCGAAGUUUCGCGACAAAACCGACAGUACGUUGUGUGCCGUAAAAGGUGAGUUUACGAUAAAGUACUUUUUAGCCUUAGCAAUCUAAACAAAAUUCGUAGUAUACGUUGAACCGAGAGCAUGAAUAAAAAGAACGCCCAAAUCUAAUUUCGUAUGAGGAAGUUAUGAUUUUUCUAAGAUUCGACAUAGCAGUAUGCAGCCCGGAGUUCGAAUGUUAGAUCGACCGAUUUUUAGCCGACACAACCUAACGAGAAUCAAAGAUCUCGUUAAUAGGAGCUCAACGAUAAAAAGACAGACUAAAAUGGACGUCGGAUGACAAAGUUAUGAAAUUUUAACUGACUUUUCCUAUCCCGACCUGUUAAAAAUAAAACUUUAAAAAUAAAGUCAAAAUUAGCCAACGGAGUCUAAAUGAAAGUUGUAGAGUACGUCUCCACCUACACGUGGAUAUAAAGAAAUUUGAAAAUGGAGCUCUUAUACGAAAGUUACGGAUUUUAGAACUCGGGAAUGAUAAAUGUGAGACUGCUCAAGGAACGCCCCGCGCAAGUAGAGGGAACGCCCUGCGCUCGCAUGCAUGGCUCCGAAUCAGCCAUGUCGCCCCAGCUAGCUUCGACACGCGCCCCCUUCGGUCGCGCUACGUUCGAAUGAGCGCCCUGCGCACCCGGAACGCACUGCGCUUCACCGAGGAACGCCCUGCACACCGAGGCUCUAGCCUCCUAUAAAAGGAGGUGCGAGGGUAGCUCUCAUUCCUCACUCCUCACCCAUUCUCUCUCUAAUCUCUAUCUAAACAACCCCAACCCCUAGUAUCUUCAUAGUGCUAGAAGAAGGCCCCGGAGUGCCCGAAGGCUCCAAGAAAAAGAGCUUUUCGGCUCGGGAAGUUCUGCCCCCACAGAACCCGGUUUUUAGCAAAAUCCGUUGUAAUUCAGAUACGUUUACCAUUUAGUAUUGUUAUUAUGAACUUAUAAUAAAUAUUUGGGCUAUUAUUAUGACUUAUAUAAGUGUCGUUAUAACAUCUUUUUAACUACUCGCGGUACGGAGAAUCCGGUUUGAAGGGCCGCCUGGGUUGUUGGAUUUCAGAAGUGCUUUAAUGCCAAAAUGGUAUUGCCCUCCGGUGUUUCAUGUUUGGCCCAUGUCUGUACAUAGUGGUUGGAAAGUAUUAUUUAACACUUAUAUAGUAAUAAUAAUACUAAGACUAUUAAUUUGUCGCAUUAAAUAUUAGACUAAAAUCUAGUGUUAAUGAUACUAGGUUUCGUCAAAGGAAUGUAAAUUAAUAGAAGCGAAGCGCUGUCUGAUUUCGGAAUCACCACCUUAACAGAUGAGUGAGGAUAAUGGGAACAGAUAGUGGCACAAGAGCAUAGAUGCGAUGACUUGAUGAGAGAUUAUGGAUUAUAGGCCAAUAGAUAUAAAUAAAUGUUGUAAGGCCUAUGUUGUUCUGUUUAUGCUUUUAAUCUGUAUUGACAAUGACAUCCCAAGGUUUUUAAUAUAAUGAAAUACAUUUCUUCGAAAAUGCUUUGAUAAAAUCUUUAUCAUAAUUUUUUGGAACAAAUUCCGCAACACUUUCUUUAAAAAGUUACUCUGAUUUUUAUAUAAAGCAUAAACAAAAUCGUUCUUUUCUGGCCGUGAAAAUGGGGAUGUCACAACGAUCAUACCUCUUCCUUCAAUUCUAAAUUUUGAAUUGUUUCCAAACUUUACAGAGCCUUGGAUUUUUGUGUCUAGUUCCCGAAAUUUGCUCCUUUCUCCAGUCAUGUGAUUACUGGACCCUGUAUCUAGAUACCACAUGCUUGAUUCACACACAAUAUCUCCAUUUGACUUCAGCUUUGGAUUUACCUUCUCUUCAUUCAGAAAUACUUCUCUGGUUUUUUCAUUGAAAGAUGAUAACAACAGGGCUGGUUCAUUGUCGGUAUUCUCUUAGAUCAUAUUGUUUUCUAUAUUUCUCUCCUUCCUUGGGUUCUUGCAUUUAGCUACAUAAUGCCCAAAGUCUUGGUAGUUGUAGCAUUGAAUUUCACUGUUGUCUUGACUGUGGUUUCCACUGUAGUUUCUUUCUUUCUGUUGGUGAGAACCACCUCUGCCACGACCACCUCGACCACCAAAAGAACCACCUCUGCUCCGACCUCUUCCUUUUCCCCGUGAUGACCCUCCAUGGUUCCCUUUUGAGGCAGUUUUAGAACCACCCUCACAUUUCUUCUUGUUUCUCUCAGUCCAUUCUUGGUGAGUUAAGAGACGUUUCCGAUCAUCUGUUUCACCAUGCCCUUUCAUUCGUUCUUCAUAGGCCUUUAACCUCCCAAUCACUUCUCUACCGUCAUCUUAUCCAAAUCAGCAAAUUGCUCGAGUAUUGAUGCUAUCUGAAGGAACUUGGUUGGUACUGCCCUAAGUAGCUUCUUCACCACUUAGGAUUCAUCCACAGUAUCCCCGAAGGUGCGCAUAGUAUGUACUAUGUUGGUUACUUUCACAAAAAACUCAUCUACUCCUUCUGUUUCUUUCAUGUUUAAGGAUUCAAACUCAAAUUUUAGUGUUUGAAUCCUUGAUGUCUUUAUUCUGUCUGCCCCCAUGAACAUUUUCUUUAAAGCAUCCCAUGCUUCUUUGGCUGUUUUCUUCUCAGCCAAUGACAACAGUAAGUCUUCAGGUAUCCCUUGAUAAAUGGCUGCCAAAGCUAGUUUAUCCUUUUUUACUUCCACCAAUAUGUUUGCUAUUCUAGGUUCAACAGCAUCCCAAACACCUUGGGCCUGCAUAAAUACUAUCAUCUUGAUUGCCUAUGCAACAUAAUUGGAUCUUGACAACAUUGGAUAGUGAAGUGUGACCUGUCCAUCCUUCUCACCAUUGCUUCCUGACAUCUUUAUCACACGAGGUUGGUAUUUGGGCAUGCACCAUGUUUGCUCUGAUACCAAAAUGUUGGUUUCAGGCCAGCUCACUCAAGCUUUGCAAAACAGGGGACAAAGAAUUAACACAGGGAAGAGGCAAAUGUAUCUAUGUUUUAUUCAUUGAUAAUGAAAGGAAACAUGGGACAAAAUACAAUGUACACCUGCCUAUCAAUUUAAACUGGAAACUUUGCAGAAAAAUAGGAAACAAACUUGACUAGUUGCCAAAGACUAGGAACUCACUCACUUACUCACUGGCAUCUUUGAUUUAUUCAAAGCUAAUAAAAACAUGCAUAAGCAUGAUAUUCUAAAUUAAACUUAACAUCUCUCUCUCUCUCUCUCUCUCGCUCUCUCUCUCCACAAAUCGACAUACCGUCAAAUGAAGAGGUGGGGGUACCAAGGCUGAGUUUUUUCAUUAAUAAAUAAUGUUUAAAACAUAUUUAAGAAUGAUAGAAUGAAAAAAAAAGUGUUGUGUAAAUAAAAUGUUAAGGGUGUUAGUCUUGUAUGGAUAAGUUUUGAAUGGAUAAACAUGUCAGAAAUAAGUGUUGUAUGAAUGUAGACUGUUUCUUUGAAUGAACACUAACUAUUAAUAUUCUAUUUGUAGGAAGCUAUUGGUUUUAUUUCAUCGAUUGGCUCAGUCGGAUCCCUUUUUGGUGCAAUAUUGUAUCAACAUAGUUUAAAGACUCAUCCUAUCCGAAAUGUACUAUUUUGGGCUCAGUUGUUUUUGAGCUUAUCAGGGAUGCUAGAUCUUGUCUUAAUACUUAGGCUAAACCUAAAACUAGGAAUCCCUGAUAUGUUAUUUGCGAUUAUCAACGAAAGUGUCUUCCAGUUGGUACAAAAUUUGAAGUGGUUGACAUUUUAUGUUAUAACUUCGAAGCUUUGUCCAAGUGACAUCGAGGGCACAUUCUUCGCUUUGGUCAUGUCCAUUGACAAUUUGGGCAACUCUUCCUCAGAAUGGCUUGGUGGCUCACUUCUUUGUUACCUAAAUGUCACAAGUACACAAUUUGAUAAGUUAUGGCAAGCAAUUUUGAUUCGAAAUGUUAUGAGAAUUGCACCUCUUUGUUUUCUGUGUUUGGUGCCUAAUGGUGGUGAGGAUAGUGAAUCCGGGUCGAGUAAUUUACAAGAUAAUGAAGCAUUGGAACCCAGAAACGUGGAACUUACACCCCUCAUUGCAAAUGCUUCAAGUUGAAAUAAGGCUUAAAAACAUUGAGAAACAUUUUAUUUAUUUUUGUUUUGUUACAUUUAUUUAGCAAGGGGCAAGAUUAAUUGGUCAGAGAAAGGCAAAAUUAUGUUAUGAGAUAAGGUAAAAUUGAUAUGAGGUAUUGAUACUAAUCUAGUUAGAUAAUGUUCCAUGUACUCAAAAACACGGUAUAAGUCGGAUGAAGUUCGUGAAGUGAUUAAUUCUUGGAGUUUGAUUACAUUUGGAUGAUUGAGUCUUUUCAAGAAAAGGAUUUCUCUUGCCGUGAACUUGACAAUUUUUGAAUCCAUGCUGUCAAAUCGUACUCUUUUUAAAGCAACAGUUUUUAGAUUUGGUCCAAAGGCAUUUUGGUGCUUUAGAAAAAAAACCUAAUUAGUCAAAAGUUAAAGUUAACACCAGAAGGACCAUUCAUGCAAAUUUUGAAAGCAUAGGCAUUAGUGGCAUGACAUUUUUCAUAAACGUCCUCAAAGUGCAAUAUUUUGCAAAUCAUAAGGACCAAUUAUAAAAUUUUGUAUAGUUCAUAUUAUUCAAGCACUAUUCUGUAAGAUUUAUUUUUUCUAUGGUAUUUUUCAUUUGAAUUCAAUAUGUCCAUCUAAAUAAUUUGCAAUCACCACAUACUCUGUAAGAUUUAUUUUUUCUACGAUAUUUUUCAUUUGAAUUCAACAUGUCCAUCUAAAUAAUUUGCAAUCACGACAUAUAGUAGGAUUUAAAUUUUAUUUAAGUAUUGUAUUUAUCAUGGGAGGUUUUAGAUUUGUAAACACUAUUAUGUUAUUAAAUUCAUUCAAAUUUUAGUAAUUCAAUAAUUUUACUUAAACUGUUAAUGUUUUUUAAGUGUGAAACAACUUUAUUGUUGGUUUUUUCCCGACCCAUUGUGACAAUGUAGUCACAACACUGUGUAUGAUUAUGGAGGGGUG